AUGGAUGUGAAGAAUGCUUUCUUGCAAGGUGAACUUGAAGAUGAAGUAUACAUGCAUCCACCUCCUGGUCAUGAGCAUCUAGAGACUGAUGUGCUUGGAGGAAAGAUAGCUAAGACACCCCUUGAGGAGGGGUAUAAGGUUCUGCGUGAGGGGGAGGUUGAAGAGAAACAAUUGUUUGAGGAUGCUAAGCUGUAUAGGAAGAUGAAGAGCACGUUCAGCGGUCUCACUACUGACAUCCUGAUGGAGCACAUUGAAGCCUUUGAGAGAAUCUGCAAUUUCUAUCGCUCUAACGGAGUGCCACCAGACUAUGUCAAAUGCACGUUGUUCCCAUUCUCUCUUGAAGGGAGAGCUUCUCGCUGGCUCCAAUCUCUGCCAACCGGCUCUCUUACCUCAUGGGAUCAGAGAGAGUGCCCGCACCAUGGGUUUGACGAUGACUAUAUAUUGGAGGUGUUCUAUGAUGGAGUGAGCUAUGAGUUUCGAAACACCCUUGAUUCUUCGAGUAAUGGAGAUUUCAUAACUCAAACCACACCUGAUGAUCUCGCUGCAAAGGUGGACCAACUGUUUAAGGGAAACCAAAGCCAAGUGUUCAUAAUAGAAGAAGCAGCUCCUGAGAAAAGUGCUGGUGACCUGGCGUUUGAUGCUGAAAUAUCAGGAGACGAUCAGCAAGAGGUGUCCUAUGUGAAUGGGCAAGGAUGGCAGCUCAAAAACUACCACCCAACCCCUAACGUGAGGAACAACCCACAGCUUUUCUGGCCUAAGCAAGACAAACCAGCUGAUCCUGCACAGAGUAACCAAGGUCAGUAUGCAGGGUAUCAAAAGAACUACCAACCCCGGAACUAUGUUCUAAGCCAACCGCAGAACAAUCCACCUCAGAUGCAGAAACACCAGAACACUCAGCCAGCUACCUCCGCUCCUGUCGCUGUUCCGCAAGAUGAGACAAAAGUUAUGUGGCAGCAGCUGCUCCAAGGACAACAGCUCCAAGGGAAGAUUACUACCGAGAUUAAUACCAAAAUGAACCAUAUGUUCAACGAUUUGAGCACCAAGUACGACAAUGUUGCGAGUCAUAUAAAACAGAUGGACAUUCAGAUUGCUCAGACUGCUGAGAGCGUCAAGAGGCAACAAGGUACUCUACCUGGAAAAACCGACAAAAACCCUAAGGAGUGCAAUGCGGUUGAGUUGAGAAGUGGAAAGCAACUGUCGGAACCGGUAAAGAAGAGGUUCACUGCGGCUGAGAAGGGGAAGCAGAAAGAGUCGGAACUACCACCAGCCGAUACCCCGGCAGCAGAGAAGGAGAGGGAACCAACAGUUGGAACAAAUUCGCCAGGACCAGAACAACCAGCUGUGGCUGUCCGCCCGAUCCCAGAGCCUGUUCCUGCUCACGAAUACACUCCUAAAGUCCCUUACCCUGUUCCAGCAAAGGCUACUCGUAAGGACCGAGAGGAGAUGAAGUACAGGAAGAUGCUAGAGGACCUAACUGUCCGACUCCCCUUGAUGGAUGCGAUCCAGAUGAUUCCCUCCACGCGCAGCUUUAUGAAGGGAUUGAUCAAAGGAAAAAUAUCAGAGGAGAGCGAAUUCAUGACUGUCUCUAAGGAGUGCAGCGCAGUGCUUCAGAACAGGCAGAUAAAGAAGCGAGGAGACCCUGGAUAG